AUCCAUUCAAAAAUCGCGUUUUAUUAAAUACAUGUUUAUUAAGGUGAUCAUCUAAAGGUGUCCAUCAUUCUUAUUUUCCUCUUGGUAUGCUUUAAUAGGUUUGCCAACAUAAAAAUGAUCCCCUCCUGCUAACAGCUAUUAUGGUGCUGAUGAUUUCUGUAAAGAAUGCUUGUCAGAAUGGAUGGUUUUCUGAUAAGGAUUCAAAAGAACUGCUUACUCUUGUAAACGAGAUGGGGAGCAGAUUCUGUAGUAGAAGUGAUAUUAACACUGAAGCAAGCAAUUCUCUUUCUGUUAUAUCAACUAUUAUGUCAAGGUGA